CGAUCGAACACGGAGCGAAGCCUGUGCCGUCCGUCACGUGUUGCGUGAAGAGCACGUGUACACUGUGGUUUCUACUUGGCUUCUUGACGCUUGGACGCACCUUCCUAAGUGUACAUGCUUUUCUUGUCCCCGUAAUGAAUAUAAAUACAAACCUUUUUACACCCAAACCUGGACGUAAAAAGAAAUCCAGCGAAACCCCAGCUCCGAAUUGCACAGUUCCAAAAUCAAGGAAGUUAGACGCCAAGCAGGACUUUCCUCAGUUAACAAUGCCCUUUGAGGGUUUCCGCGAACCUUUGUCUCAGAAACAGUUGACAGACCUGCUUUUGUUUGCCUGCUUAGGGAAAAAAUAUGAUCUGCAACAGCCAGAGUGGUGUCAUCUUUGCCAUCAGAAAAAGUUAUCUGGGGUUAAUGUGACGGUUUUGGAAGGUUUCACUCAACUCCACUUUUACAGAUAUUAUGUCCAGUUUAAAAAUCUCAGGAAGAGAUACAACAUUAGACACAGUUUUUCACCAUCCCCUGGCAGUAUAUCCUCCGAGAUCCUAAAAGCUGAACUAGCCAGUUCUAAAAGCGCAAGUCCGUUACAGGACGAAAACAGCUGCGUGCCUAAAAAAGACCUGGAAUGCCAGGAAAGUGCAGACCUUAGCGCUCAUCCUAUCAUCUGCAAGUAUGGCACAAAGACUCAGGGUCUCACCAGCUACCUUCUUAGUGCUGAGGAGAUGGCCAGGAAUGCCUACCCACUGAAAGGCUCGCCUACAUGUCAGUCUUUCCUGCCCACACAGACUGAUGAACAGGUCGCAGACAGCAGCCCCCUCUAUGGCCUGGACUGUGAAAUGUGUGAGACAGCGUGUGGAGCAGAGCUGACACGCGUGUCCCUGGUGGACAGUGAAGGUUGCUGUGUUCUGGAUGAGCUGGUGAAGCCCGAGAAUCCUAUCCUGAACUAUGUCACCAGGUUUUCAGGGAUCACCAAAGCCAUGCUCAUGCCAGUGAAGACGAGGCUGAAGGAUGUCCAGGUUCAGGUGAUUAAGGCUUUGCCCCGAGAUGCUGUUCUGGUGGGUCACUCUCUGGAGAACGACCUUCACGCUUUGAAGCUGAUCCACCCUCAUGUCAUUGACACUUCACUUCUUUACCAAAAAGAAUGUGGCAGGAAGUUCAAGCUGAAGUUUUUGGCAAAGGCUGUGUUAAACAGGCAGAUCCAGAAUGGAAAGAUGAAUGGUCACAAUCCAACAGAAGAUGCUGUGGCUGCUCUGGAGCUGGCACAGUACUUCAUCAGCAAAGGACCAAAGAAGGUCGCUAAGUUAGAUUUGGAUGGACAGUGGAUGAGAUGUCAAGCAGGAAAGGCGAUUGCUGUGAACGGAGCCGUGAACGGACAACACACAGAUUACGUUAGGUUUGCUGAUGCCAUGAAAGCUGCAGGGUUGUCAGGCGUUCACAUCUGCAAGGCAGCCGGAAAUGAUAAAGACCUGUUCACUGAGAUGUGGAACACGAUAAUAUGCAGCUCAGAUCAAGAGGUCCUGUCCUCCUCCCAGUGCGAGUUGCCUUCUCACUUUCUCAGUAUUGUCGAGUUCUCCUCCUUAGCAGAACACACAGGGACACUUUCAGACACGUGCUUGGAUGAACAUUUCCAGAAGAUGCUUGUCCAGUUGAGAGAUAUGUGCACAGUUUAUGCAGGACCGCUGCCCAAGUGCUACAGAGAAAAAUCUGUGCGGAGGCUUUUUCAGCAUUGUGGUCCAAUUCAGCAUAUCAGGAUUCUGGAUGGAAUGUGGAGAGCUCACGCUGAGAUUGUUUUUGAAAUGCUGGAGGGAGCUCACCUAGCUGUGGACACACUCAAUGGCUAUGAGCUGGAUGGAUAUCCUAUUAAAGUGCAGAAGCCUGUGAAGGAAUCCACCCUGGACCUGGAGGUUGCCCUGAAGAAACUGGAAAGUGAUGUGCUGAAUAGCAAUGUGAUCUACAUCAUGGGCAUUCCUAAAACAACCCUCUGCCCAGACUUCACCCAAUUUGGCCCAGCUGAGGGGGUUAUCCUACCCAAGAAGACCUCACCGGGAAAGCGCCGGAAAGAUGCCUUCAUCAAAUAUGAGAACGUUGAGAGUCUUAAGGCUGGCCCGAAUUCAUCCGUCGAACUGAACGGUAACAAAUUGAGGAGCUGCAAAGCACUGACGCCGUGCCACCUUUCCUCGUGGACAAGCCAUACGAAGCAGACCUCUGCAGAAUGCGCCAGCACCGCCACGUCCGCUGUCCGGCAAGAACAAGGCGCCUCCGGUCAGCUGCCUUGGGAGGCUAAAAUGAAGAAACUCGUUCGAAAACUUGACAAAAAGCUGGGGAAACUCUUCCAGUCGCUACCAGAUAAAACACUGAGUGUGGUUCUUCUUCCUGGACAGAAAAGGGCCGGUUUGGAUGUGGAAGGUCUCUGUCUCAUGGGUAUCAAGGGAGACUCCUGCGAGUGAUGGACGGAUCGUGAAGGGAGAAGUGUGGCCCUCCUCUACACCAGCGGACUGACUGCCUGGCCAGAGACCCACAGACUCCUUGAUAUGAAACUGUUCUUAAUACAAGAAACCUUUUCGUGUCGUUACUUUCACACUUGUGAAAAAUGUUAAUCUUUUAAUAAUACACAACGAUGUUCGGUCAUGAUCAUCAUGUCUGUCAUCAGGGAUUCGGUUGUCGUGUAACUUUUUGCUCAGUGGUUCGCUAUUACACGGUGUGUAAUUUAGUGUGAGUGGUUCAUUAAAGGUUACACUUAUUUUCUAUUAAAAUUAAAGCUUUUUCGCCUCCUGAA